GCCGCCGCCCCAGGCCCCCCCCAUGGAGCCCGAGGCCCCGGAUUCCCGCAAGAGGCCCCUCGAGACGCCCCCCGAGGUGGUCUGCACCAAGCGCAGCAACACGGGAGAGGAAGGCGAGUACUUCCUGAAGGUGCUCAUCCCCAGUUACGCAGCCGGCUCCAUCAUCGGCAAAGGUGGCCAGACCAUCGUGCAGCUGCAGAAGGAGACGGGAGCCACCAUCAAGCUAUCUAAGUCCAAAGACUUCUACCCAGGAACUACAGAACGGGUGUGCCUAGUACAGGGCACGGCAGAGGCCUUGAAUGCCGUUCACAGCUUUAUCGCAGAGAAGGUCCGAGAAAUCCCUCAAGCGAUGACCAAGCCCGAGGUGGUCAACAUUCUUCAACCCCAAACCACGAUGAACCCCGACAGAGCCAAGCAGGCCAAGCUCAUCGUCCCCAACAGCACGGCGGGACUGAUCAUCGGUAAGGGGGGAGCGACCGUGAAGGCGGUGAUGGAACAGUCCGGCGCCUGGGUGCAGCUGUCGCAGAAGCCCGAGGGCAUCAACCUGCAGGAGCGCGUGGUGACCGUGAGCGGCGAGCCCGAGCAGGUGCACAAGGCCGUGAGCGCCAUCGUGCAGAAGGUACAGGAAGACCCGCAGAGCAGCAGCUGCCUCAACAUCAGCUACGCCAACGUGGCGGGGCCCGUGGCCAACUCCAACCCCACCGGCUCGCCCUACGCCAGCCCGGCCGACGUGCUGCCCGCCGCGGCCGCGGCUGCGGCCGGGGCUGCCGGCGGCUUCCUGACGGCCGAAAAGCUGGCGGCCGAGAGCGCCAAGGAGCUGGUGGAGAUCGCGGUGCCCGAGAACCUGGUGGGGGCCAUCCUGGGCAAAGGGGGCAAGACGCUGGUGGAGUACCAGGAGCUGACGGGUGCGCGCAUCCAGAUCUCCAAGAAGGGCGAGUUCCUGCCCGGCACGCGGAACCGGCGGGUCACCAUCACGGGCAGCCCCGCGGCCACGCAAGCCGCUCAAUACCUCAUCAGCCAGCGGGUCACCUACGAGCAGGGGGUGAGGGCCUCAAACCCACAGAAAGUGGGAUGAGGCCUGUGGUGUGCGUCCCCACCCCCUCCCGCUCCUCCUCCCUCUUCCUCCUCUCCCAGCUCCCGCCAGACUUCAGCUUGGUGUGACUCCUGCUUGGCUUGGGAUGGGGCUGGGGUAGGCCUGGCUGCACCCUCCCUUCUGGUAGUCAUAGGCAGGAUUGAGUGACGGCUGGGGAGGGGGCUCUUGAGAGCCCCCUCCCCAGCCUCGAAUUGACCCCUCUUCUCUCCCUCCCUGUGCUUAACUGGGCCUGACCCGCCUCCCAGGGUCCAGGUCUAUGUGAUAUCUGUAUAUAUUGCAUUUUGUUGAUUUUAAUAGAAAACAAAGCGUUAUUUUCUCUUUCUUUCCCUCCUUUUUUUUUCCUUUUUAACUUUUUCUUCUUUUUUUGAUAAGGACCCCCCCCUUCCUUUAUAAGAUUUUUGUUGACAUAUGGGAGGAGGGGAGGGAGCCUCCAGAUCACCUGGAAUGAGGUGCCUCCCCCAGACACAACAUCCUGCCUCUCUGAUUGCAGUUCCAGAUCCUGGGGAAGUGCGGAGUGCAGAGGAGUAGAGGUAGCCACCCAGGAGUCAGAGCUGAAAUGAGGGGUUUGGAACAUAGCCGCCCCACCCCCCGCCCCAGGAUUCCCACAUUUCCUAAGCUCCACUGUCCCCCUGCAGUAUUCCCUCGGUUGGAAGUGUAACUCUCUUCGUUGAGCAGAUAUGUUCCUGCUGGAAAUGAUGCCAGCUCUGGGAUGCCUCGGGUCCUGAGAGCCGCGGUGUUGGGAGAGGCGCAGGAGCAGUUGCUGUGGCUUCUCGUGGCUUUUGGUAGAGAAACGAGGGUCCCCGUUGUGAUGUCACUGAAUCAAGUAUUUAUAGGGUGCUUCCAGUAACUCCCUAUGAUGUCAUAGGAAGUAUUUCCUCAGAGGCCACUUCCUGUACUGGUGAGAGAGAAAAAAAAAAAACCACUUCCCGUGAGGUCACAACAAAAACCCUUCCUCAAAGUCGCUUCCGUGAUGCCAGGGGCAGGGGCAUGUACUUCCUAUGGAAUCUCGAGGUCACUUCUUGUGGCAUCAUCGGGAUGAAGCAUGCGCUUCCUGUGUUGGACAGUGGCCAAUCCCUUCAUGCCCCUCCUCCUUCCACACUCCUCUUUGGUGGGUGUUGGCCCUGGGGGAGGGGGAUCCCUAGGAAGAGACUGAAGGAUGGGACUUGGAUCUAACAUAGAGGAUUCUAAAGAGAAAAAAAAAAUACUGUCAGGGUCAUCUCCAUCCACACAUGCCAUCUAUGAGCUUGCCUUCACAGGCAAGAAUGGGAGAUGAAGCCAGUGAAAAUAAUUGCUAAAGAUCCCCCCUUCCCCACCCCUGCCUUCUGUGUGCAUGCCUGUGUCUACGUGGCUUCAUUUCAUUGAUGGAUGAGCCAAAUGUAUGGUGGCUCAGUCAGGCCAGCGUGGUCUGGUAUAGAGUUCAGUGAGCCUUGCAAAGCUUAGGGCAUCUCGGGCUGAAAUGCCUUGCGUGGUCUGAUGAAUUCAGUUGGCUUGGUGGCUGGCUUCCAGGGAGCUGUUAGUGAGACGUCUGGUAGGUCAGAAAUGUUGAGUGUGCUCAACCUUAGGCUCAGAAGAUUCUGGCAGAAGUGCGGCAAGGCAGGCUGCCCUGAGAGUUGUUUUGGGAGUGAUUCACUUAGCAUGGUGGCUCUGAUCAACUCUAAAGACAGAUGUCAGGGCCUGAAAAAAAACCUAUAGACUAGGAUUGCUGAGACGCACCCCUGUUCCCUCCCAUCUCCCCCCUUCCUGUUGGAGGACACCUUCAACUCCUCCAACCCCAAGCAGGGUCCUCAGAACCCUGGCUCCAUCAUCAGCAUCUCUGGGGGAGGGGCACCCCAUGCCUCCUGCUCCCUCCUCCAUCCUCUCUCCUAGGUCUUCCAGACCCUGCUCUUCUCCAUGGCUUUGGGGAUAUCUGGCCUCCUUAUUUCUAUCCCUACAAAGGAGCGGAGAGGAGAGAAGCCACCCAGACAAUGCCUACCCCUGAAGCCUGGGAGGCCCCCUACCCCCAAGCUAGAGAGCCACCCCCAAAUCAAAAUGUGAAAAUCCCUAGAAAGCAAUAGCCUUCGAGGUACCUCGCACUGACUCUUCCCUCCCCCGCCCCCAGCCCUUCCACCGGAAUGGAAUAGCUUGGGCACUGGGGUGACUUUUCCAUGUCCUCAUCUCCCCAGUGAAGGGCAGGCCCCAUUUCCUUCACACACACCCCAUCUCCCACCUCCUGUCGCUGCUGCCCUCUACCCCUCAUCUCCACACUGAGCCCUGAUGGAGAUUUUAGUGCCAAAACAAUUCUUGAUGCCACUUUGUACAUAUCUUCUACGGUUCGGGGCUGUUGGGAUUGGAGAUGGGGGCGGCCCACAGGGCCAUUGCUCCCCUCCACUUCUUAAAUGACCUUACAGUAUUUCCUAGUAGCUCCACCUGCAUGUGGGUAGUAAUGAAUCUAGCUGGAAUGUCCCCCUGUAAAGCCCUCAGGCCCUAUGAGGAGGGGAAGGAGUGGGGGGGUGAAGCAAGGUCCGGGAUAGGGAGGUGGGUUAGAAAGGCCAUUGGCAAACCAUGUGUAUCCUCCCCUAGGCAGCCUGCUUUCUAUAAGCCCAUUGGCUGGAGUCUGGGUCCAGUACUCCUCUCACACAGAUGUAGCUCUGAAAAGUGUCCUCUUGGAUGCCUGUGUGACAUGCCCGUCCCUAUUAACAUUUCUUGGGGACCCCUUACCCCACCAGCCAGGGCUAUCUGAAAGGCAGUUUGCUAGUCGAGUAAGCAGGUCCACUCACCAUGUUGGUGAGUGGGGAGCCACACACCUUUCCCCCAUUUCACCCUGGGAAGUUCCCAUCCGUCAUCUUCCCUAUCCCUUGAAGGUCCUUCUGCAAACUGACCUCAAUCUUUCUGUGCUGUAGUUUGUCCAGAAGGGACACAGAUGCAGACCAGGGAUGGGAAUUACUUUAAAAAUAAUAGUAACAAAACCCAUUGCCUCCUCCUCUGCCCGUUAGCCACUCAGGUCUCCAAGAGUCUGAGUGGCCUCCUUGCACCCCACUCCAGCACCCAGUAGGUGCUUAAUAAGUUAAUAAGUGUUGCCUGCAUUGACGUGUCUCUUCAUCUGCCCUCCAGCUGCCAAUACCUUCCCCCGGCAUUCCCCUCUCUCUUUAUUUCUCUGGCUCCCUAUGGCCCACUGGGUUUCCCUCCUGUGGUCCCCCCCUCCCCACUGUUCUCUGUCCUGUCUCUAUCUUCGUCUGUCUGUCUCCUUCCCCUCCUAAAUUCUCAACUCUUUCAUUUCCCCUUUAAAAGCAAAAAGUGCCAAACUUCCUUGGAACUGAGCCGAUCUGGGGGGGUGGGGGGGAGAGGAUCUUAGACGGAUGGGAGGAAAACACCUCUCUUAGAGGAGGCCCCUUAAGAGGCAAAGAAAACACCUGCAGAUGCUGAGCUAAAUUGGAUCCCCUUCCUCGUUCCUCUCACCCUGAGUUUUUCUUAGAAUCUUUAUAAGAAAAAAAAAAAGAAAAAGAAAAAAAAUACUCAUUUUCAACUAACCCCUACUUUUUUGGAUUCCCCUCCCCCAAAUUCCACCAGCCAAGGAGAACCCCUUUUGCCUCUUUCUGGGCACAUCUGUAGAAAUUGGGGAGGGAGAAACAGACUCCAUCCUCUUCUGCUGGCCCAAGGGGGUGGUUGCUGGGGAGGGGCCUCAAAGCACUUAAGACAAAAAGGGUUCCAAAGUGCCAAAUUCACCUUCUCCAUUCUGUCUUGGGCAGGGCUCUGAGCCAGCCUGCCCAGCCCAUCGUCUUUGCCCUCUCCCAGCCAUCUCUACAUGGGCGAGGAAAUUUUGCCGCAAUAAUUAGCAGGGCGGGGAUUGGAAGGCAGUGAUUUUGCCAACUCUGUACUGGACUUGUAGGUGGGAAUCCUGGGAGCUUGGCAAGAGUCGUCUUACAGAUGGUUGGAGACCUAUACUCGGAAUAUUACGGUACCACUUGUUUUCCCGCGGUAUUUUUUUUUUUUUCCUCCACUCUUGGCCAACCAAAUCCCUUGGAAUCCCACCCGUUCUGUUUCUUCUGCCGGUCCGUCUGUCCGUCGUCCCUGCCCCCACAACGCCAUUCUUAUUAUUUUAUGCCUGGUUGGUCUCCGGCUAUUUGACAGAGGAGAGGAGGUCCCCUUUGCACGGACUCUUGCUGUUUCGAGCCCAGGAUAAAAGGUUAAUUUGCAAAAGCGUUCACCAGAGCGGCGGUGAAGGUGGCAAUCUAGGCGUCCAGGAUGAUUCACUAGGUUGCACACCUGUCGGACAGCCUGACAGGCCUUCUCUGUGCCCAAUGCAUCUGCCCCCAAGCGCCAUCUGGAAUCGAGGCCAGUCGUCGUCACAGUCUGAACUGGUUGUCACCAUGGGGGAGGACAGAAUCGCAAUACCCAGGUCGGGGGCAGAGAAGCCUGGUUUACACCCUGUGGAGUCUGGACACCCAGCCUCGCUGUCCGGAGCCCUCUCCACCACAGUCAGCGCGGUCUUGAUGUCCCAGCUGGUGUGUCCGGUCCAGCGGGUCCCCACUCACCAGUGGCCUAGACGACCGCCCGCUGAGUGGCAGGAGGGAGGGAGAGUCUCUGUGGAGGGUGGUGGUGGUGAAGACUGUGGGUUUUUAACCCCUUCUCAGCCAGUCUAGGACACUCGUCUCCUUAGACCUAAUAUAGGGAGACCCUCCUCCUUCCUCCCUCCCCCGACCCUCCUCCCACUCCCCAAAACCACCAACCUUUCAUCUUCUAAGUGACUCCAUCACCACCGGCCACCACUGGAACCUGCGGCCUCAUUGCUCCAGCCCGCCCCACUCGACCGUCAGAUUCGCUCAUCGAACUCUUUUGAUUAACCCUUUCUGUGUUCAUCCCACGGAAAACUUGUGUGUCCGGCAGGGAGGCCAGGGGGGAUGCUAGGGGCAGUUGCUACCUUUCCUCCAUCUCCUCCCAGCGCCCAUGCCUCCCCAUCCCAUGCCCCCAUCCCCAUCCCUCACCCCUUAGGAUCCGCCUCCCCUGGGGGCCCAGGGAUCCUCUAGAAUUACCUUUGCUGUUUGGCUUUGCACCCUUUAAAAGGCGGGCCUAGGGGGCGUGGCCUCCCCAGCCGAGCGCUCACUCCGACUGCCCUCGCAGUCGGCCCCACCCACUCCCCACGCCUUCAUUGUAAAUAGUCACUUUUGUACUUGGUUUGAGCCAGGCGACGUGGGGAGUCUUUCUCUCUUUUUUUUUCCUCUCUCUCUCUCCUUCUCUCUUUCCUUUUUUAUUUGUGUUGGCAUCUCAGCUACUGGAGGCAUGGUCCACAUCCCAGUUCGAUUUGGGAGAAGCCCAAGGUGUGCCCCGCCAAAAUGCUAAGGAUUUCGAGAUAACAGUAUUAACUCCGACAGGCCUGGGGUGCACAGGUCCCCCGACCAGAGGCGGGAGAGUAGGGCUCUGUUCUCGAGAUCUGUGGAAUGGAUCCUCCAAGCUCCCUGAAGAACCUCGGUGUAGUUGAGAAUUGAAUCUCUCCUCCACUUCAUCUGUUGGAGGCUGGCGCGCCAAGAAUGGCUUUGGGGAUGGGGCUGUCUUUGGAGAACUGACUGCUGAAUCCUUCCUGGGACCUGAAGCUAACCUCUGCUAGGCGUGUUUUCUUGCAAAGAGGUAGUCAGAUGAACGUCUAAGGUCCUUCUCCAACCCUUAAAGGAAAGGUUCAAGCCCGCGGUUGGCCCCUGCCUGCCGGCCGCUCUGCUGCAUUCCAAUUUAGGGGUAGGGUGGGGAGUGAAGUGGCCAUGCCUCCAGUUUCUCCAUUCAACCCCCUCUUAACUGGUUUCCUUCCAUCCUCUCCGACCAGCGCCGCCGCCCACUUCCUCUCCGCCACCUCCAGAAGCUCUUGGCUGGGGUCACCGCACUCCCCUCCCCUCCCCCCAUCGCCAUGCCUGGGCCAUGCCCACCUCUCCCACCCACUCACCCACCCCCAGUGUCCGUUGUGUGACCUAGUGCACCACGUAUUAGCUUCCAUGGACCCCACCCACCCACUCCUUGCUCCCACCACACCCCUCCCCCCACCCGUUCUCCCUCGGCGACUUCACCUUUUUUUGCCGCGAUAAACGUCAUCUCAGCA